AUGAGAGCUGACCCUUUCCUGGUGGCCCAGGCUGGCAGCCUAAGCCUUACCUUCUUGGUUCUACUUUCCUUCUGGCCCAAUCCAGGUGUGGUGGCCAAGGAAUUGAAGUUGGUGACAUUGGUAUUUCGACAUGGAGACAGAAGUCCCAUUGAAACCUUCCCCAACGACCCCAUUAAAGAGUCUUCAUGGCCACAAGGAUUUGGCCAACUCACUCAGGUGGGGAUGGAGCAGCAUUACGAACUUGGAGAAUAUAUGCGAAGAAGAUAUGAAAAAUUCUUGAAUGAGUCUUAUAAACAUGAACAGGUAUAUAUUCGAAGCACAGACAUUGACCGGACCUUGAUGAGUGCUAUGGCAAACCUUGCAGCCUUGUUUCCCCCAGAGGGCAUGAGUGUCUGGAAUCCCAACCUACCUUGGCAGCCCAUUCCAGUGCACACAGUGCCUGUUUCUGAAGAUGGGUUGCUGUACAUGCCCUUCAACAAUUGUCCUCGUUUUCAAGAACUCCAGGACGAGACUUUGAAAUCAGAGGAGUUCCAGAACAGACUUCUUCCUUAUAAGAGUUUUAUAGAAACCUUGCCAAAACUAUCAGGACACCAACGUCAGGACCUUUUUGGAAUUUGGAGUAGAAUCUACGACCCUUUAUUUUGUGAGAAAAUUCACAAUUUCACCUUACCUUCCUGGGCUACUGAAGAUACUAUGACGAAGUUGAGAGAAUUAUCAGAAUUAUCUAUCUUGUCCCUCUAUGGAAUUCACAAGCAGAAAGAGAAAUCUAGGCUCCAGGGCGGUGUCCUGGUCAAUGAAAUACUAAAAAACAUGAAGACUGCAACUCAGACAUCAAACCACAGAAAACUUAUCAUGUAUUCUGGACAUGACACUACUCUGAGUGGACUACAGAUGGCGCUAGAUGUUUACAAUGAACAACUUCCUCCAUACGCUUCCUGCCACAUCACAGAAUUGUACCUUGACAACGGGGAGUAUUUCGUGGAGAUGUACUAUCGGAAUGAGUCGAAACAUGAGCCGUAUCCCCUCACACUGCCUGACUGUACCCACAGCUGUCCUCUGACCAAGUUUGCUGACCUGGUUGCCCCUGUUAUCACUGAUGACUGGUCUUCAGAGUGUAUGAUCACAACGGACCACCAAGUCCUAAAGAUCGUACUUGCCAUUGCCUUUUGUCUCGUGGCUGGUGUCCUAGCGCUGCUACUAUUUACCCUUAUCCGCCAUGGGCCCUGCUGGAAGAGAGAAUACUCUCAGGAUUUCUGA